UAUUCUUAUAGAAAUCAGCUUGUAAAAUGUCUAAACAAUAUUUUCUCAAUACGAUUUUACUGGUCUGUUUACUGUGUAUUACUUGUGAAUCAUCAGUGAGAGAUAGUUCGUGCACUUUUGAUAAUGUUGACAGUUGUACAAAGUAUGGUAAUGCAAAGUGUAACACAAACAAUUGUCGGUGUAUGGAGGAUUACUAUGAUGAUGGAUCAACCUGUCAAAAAAAAAGUAGUGAAGAUUCGGCAUGUGGUGUCGAUGAAGAAUGUCUUGGUCCAAUGACGUGCAUUAGUGAAACUUGCCAGUGUAGUAAAAAUAGUUACUGGACAGGAUCGGCGUGUGCUACAAAUAAAAGGAGAAAUGUUUUUAAUUGUCAUGAUCCUAGGCCUGAACCAACUUGUGACUGUAGUAUACGACAGUACUGCAGACAUUCAAACUGUUACCAUAAAAAAAGUAUUGAUUUAAACUGUAAUGCUGAUAAAGAAUGUCUAAGUCCAAUGACAUGUAAACGUGGGACCUGUUAAUGUGCAAUGAAUCAGUAUUGGACAGGUUAUACUUGUUCUGCAGAAAAAAGUGUGAAUGAAACAUGCACUGCUAAUAAAGAAUGUGCUACUACACUGAAUUGUUCAAUUGGUCGUUGUCAAUGUUCUAAAAAUCAGUAUUGGACAGGAUCAGCUUGUGUGGCAC